UCUAAUACGUUGUUUAAAAAAGUGCUCUUGAUUAAUGAUCAUAUUUUCAACCCCUGCUUCUGUUUUUUGGAACGACUGAAUUACGAGAAUUAAAAAUUCGUAUCUAGUAACAUUGUCAAAUAUAGUGAAAGAAAUUCUAUUGACCUUUUGCAUGUUCUGUUAUAUCGACGCAAAAUCUGACAUUUAAAAACUCGUUUUGCGCAAUAUCGACAAUUUCCGCAGAAGAUAACAAAUGUAAAGGAUGUCUUCUGAAUUAAAUGAAUAUUUGGAAUCGGUAUUGACAGACCUUGGAGGUUUAGGACGGUACCAGUUUAUACUAACAUUAGUCGUCCUUGGAAGUAAAGCAACAGUUGCAUGGAGUGUUUUAAUGAUGGCUUUUGGUGGAGUUAUGCCUGACUGGUCAUGCGAAUGGCAUACAGAAUCUGGAGAAACAUUUAUGCCUAACGCCACGUUUGAUAAAAAGUGUAGCUUGGAGAAUACAACAGAAAAGCUCGAUUGUGUUUCAAGACAAUUUGAUGCAUCGAUGAAUACCAUCGUAUCUGAGUGGGAUUUAGUAUGUGACAAGUAUUGGAUCGUGUCAUCAAUAACAACAAUACAGAUGUUUGGACUACUUAUCGGCGCAUUCGUUUCCGGCCAAGUAGGCGAUUUGUACGGAAGAAAAAAGACGUAUUACGUAUCAAUAAUAAUACUUCUUGUUUUCAAUGUUGUCGGAGCCUUUUCUACAAGUUGGCACAUGUUUGCUGUCGUGCGAUUCCUUGUGGGUGUUGGUUGUGGAUGGUACUUGACAAUAGAUAUUACAUAUCUGGCAGAAUUAAUACCUAUCAAAUAUAGAUCUGUAAUUCUAUCCUUACCAGUGUGGCCGAUUGGUGCCAUGUCCAAUGGACUCAUAUGCUAUUUCUUGCAUGAUUGGAAAUAUAUACAGAUUGCUAAUGCAAUUUUUUGUCUUCCGUGGUUUCUAGGAAUAGGCUUAAUAACUGAAAGUUAUCGAUGGCUUAUAUCACACGGAAGAAUUGAUGAAGCAUAUGAAGUGAUGAUUAAAAUAGCGAGAAUAAAUGGAAGAUCACCUCCCAAUAAACAGAAAUUAAUUGACAUAGUAAAUCUUAAUGAACACGUGGCAAAGGAGAGAAAAUAUACUUUGCUUGACAUCCUGAGGAAUAAGCAUCUAUUAAAAGUCACUGCAUUGCUGUCUUUUACCUGGGUUUCCUGUGGAUACGGGUUUUAUGCAAUCUCGUUCGGAGUCGCACAGCUGUCUGGAAAUCUGUAUCUCAAUAUGGCUCUACUUGGUCUCAUGGAGUCCACUUCAUUUGUUGUGUGUUACUUCGCAAACUGCAUUGGAAGGAAAAAAGCAUCUUUUGUGUUCUUUUUGUUGUCUGGUAUAACUGGUAUAACUAUUGGAAUUGUUCAGUUCCUAGACUUAUCACAUGAGGGUGCUUUGAUAAAUGGUUUAGCUUUGACAUGUAAACUGUGUGUUGCGUGUGGCUGGAUGGCGUUGAUAAUAUUUACGUCAGAGUUGUAUCCCACCGUUGUAAGAAAUAUAGGCUUUGGAUUCAAUAAUACCAUGUCACGAGUUGGUUCUAUGAUAGCACCUCAAUUAAUAUUUGCAAGCUAUCGUUUACCAGGGAUAAUGUUCUUGCUGCUUGGCGGGUUUUUCACCAUGUCAGCAUUCUGUCUUCUUCUUUUAAAAGAAACGAACAAUUUAGCCUUAAAAAAUACGAUAAAUGAUUUUUCGCUUCCAGUCAAACAAAACGAAUCAUUGAAAACGGUAGAUGAAAGUGAAACUCUGUUUUCUGAAAAGUGUGGAUGAGAAAAAAAAAGACUCUUAUGUCAGUGCAAAUAAAAUUUGUAUUUUUGUACUUGAUUUGCAUGUUGCUGCUGUCUAUUUGUAACGUUUUAUCAAAAUAAGAAUUUUGUUUUUA